GUCAAACCCCGUGGAGGGCAAGCUUAUCUUCUGCAACGGGGUGGUCCUGCACCGGUUGCAGUGCGUCCGCGGCUUUGGGGAGUGGAUCGAUUCCAUUGUUGAAUUUUCCUCCAACUUGCAAAACAUGAACAUCGAUAUCUCUGCCUUUUCUUGCAUCGCUGCCCUGGCUAUGGUGACAGAGAGGCAUGGGCUUAAAGAACCCAAGAGGGUGGAAGAACUUCAAAACAAGAUUGUAAAUUGUCUCAAAGACCAUGUGACUUUUAAUAACGGGGGGCUGAAUCGCCCAAACUACUUGUCCAAACUCUUGGGGAAGCUCCCCGAACUCCGCACGCUUUGCACGCAGGGGCUGCAACGCAUUUUCUACCUGAAACUGGAGGAUUUGGUGCCGCCGCCAGCAAUAAUCGACAAACUUUUUCUGGACACUUUACCUUUUUAA